AAAACGCUGAACUGGAGAAACACGACGAUCGAUAAACACGAAAUAGGACGGUGGAGUCUUGUCGCUAGAAAAUUACCAUUUAUUGUAGAAAUAUUGUUUCUUUUUACCAAAAAUUGGAGUGAUAAACAGUUCCUGCAUAAGUUCAGAUUACACUGCCAGUAUGACAGGAUCUACGGAGAUUCUGGACAACAAACCAAUCGGGAAAUUUGUGUGCGGAGUCGUUGAAGGUUUUUAUGGUAUACCAUGGACAACAGAACAGAGGAAACUUAUGUUUCAAUGGAUGAAUGCAAUGGGAAUGACGACAUAUAUGUAUGCCCCAAAAGAUGAUGCUAAACACAGAGCUUUCUGGAGAGACCUAUAUUCCGUGGAGGAAGCAGACAAUCUGACUGGUCUUAUUGAAGCAGCGACGGAGAACAACAUAACAUUUGUAUAUGCUAUUUCCCCUGGGCUGGAUAUAAGCUUUUCAAGCUCUAAAGAUGUACAGUGUUUGAAAAGAAAAUUAGAGCAGGUAGCAGCAUUUGGUUGCAAUUCAUUUGCAUUGCUGUUUGAUGACAUUGAUCCAGAAUUGAGUAUAUCUGACAAGAGUGCAUUCCAGUCUUCAGCUUGUGCUCAGGUCUCUAUAACAAAUGAAGUGUUUGAGCACCUAGGGCAACCAGAGUUUUACUUCUGUCCUACAGAAUAUUGUACAUCAAGAGCAGUUCCAAAUCUUGCCUCAUCUGGGUAUUUAAAUACUGUUGGUUCUAAACUGCUGAACGAUAUUCACAUUCUCUGGACAGGUUCAAAAGUAAUCAGCAAGAAAAUCACAAUUAAAGAAUUGGAAGAGGUUGGCAGUGUGUUGAGAAGACCCCCAGUGAUUUGGGACAACAUUCAUGCUAAUGAUUAUGACCCAAGGCGAAUCUUCUUGGGACCAUAUGACGGAAGAUCACCAGAAAUUAUACCAUACAUUAGAGGGGUGCUUACGAAUCCAAACUGUGAGUUUGAAGCCAACUAUAUUGCCCUCCACACAUUGGGACAAUGGUCACAGUCAAACAAAGAUGGAGUGAAGAAGGAUAUCAUAGCAGAAAAUAGACUUAGUCCCGUAGCAUCCGACAUCAAGCUUGAAAGUGAAUGUGAUGAUGUAACAGAUGAAGGUAUACCAGUACUUGGAUUGAAAUACCAGCCGAGACUUGCUCUAAGGACAGCCAUAAAUGACUGGUUGUUGGAAUUUCACAAACCAAGACAUCCUCCAAAGUCAGUGGCUGUGGCAGCUCCUCCGCCACCUACACCUAAUAAUAUAGCACCCCCAAUGCCAGUCUACAGCGAUUUAGAAACAACAAGUCUUCCAACUUCAACUGUAAACAGUGCAGUUGAUCCAUCUUUCCUCAAUCCAACAUCGACAGUUCUUGUAAACAGUUUAGUAGACCCAUUGUGUUCACCAGAGGCUUCCCCCUCGCAUGUACAGCAAGAUUCAGACUCUGAUUCAGACAUUUCACUCACUCCAGAGCCAAUGGAUUGUGUUCCCUCAGCAAUAACAGACAGUCUAAAUGUGCUAGAAAGUGAUAUAGAUCUAACUAAAAAUGCCUCCAGUGACAGUUUAAUGCAGGUAGAAAAUACAGUGUGUACUUGUGCAAUAGAGGACACUAAACAGUCAGCGGAAUUGCCAGCCCACAUAGUGACACAGGAGGAAUUAGACUUGUUUAUUAGUUUCUUUUAUUUGCCAUUUGAGUACACAUCGAGACCAGUCCAACUACUUCAAGAUCUGCACUGGCUCAAGGUCAAUGCUUUCCUCAUUCCUAACUCACACAAGGAGAAUCCAGCACAGGUUGCUGAGUGGUGGGAGACCUCAAACAGGUUCCUGAGCACAGUGGAACAACUACAGUCUUUCACAAACCGUCUACGAGACAUCCCCAAUCAAGCUGUUGGCUACUACAUUUACCCUUACCUUUGGGACAUGCUUGGUGUCUUACAGAGCUGUUGUGCAUUUAUCAGGUGGUUAGGUUUGGGUCAGCUUUCCAACUUCAUUGUGUGUCAACUGCAAGGCCCUUUCACAUGGAUGACCAAGGAUUAUCGGGAUAUGUUCCUAAGUGGAGAUCAGGAACCCUGGUGUUUCCAAGGUGGCUUACAAGCCGAGUUUCAACGAAUGUUGCCAAUGGCAGCAGCACAUGAUCUGCUGUACAUCAGACAUCCUGAACAGAUCUUGAAGAAAACUUACACCUACAGGCCAUACAGACCAGCUGAUGAGGCUGCAGUAUAUGAUAUCUGUCUGAAAACCUGUGAUGAUGGUAUGGAUGGGACAGAAGUCUUCCCUGGAAAUCCACAUGUUAUUUGUGAUAAAUUAAUUGGUGCUAUAGUGACUUUAAGCCCGGAGUACUGUUUUGUUGUCGAGGAUGAAAUUGGUGUAAUGGGUUACGCAGUAGCAGCUUUAGAUGCCAAACAGCUGAAACAGCGUCAGAAAAUUGCAUGGAUACCAGUCAUGCAGGAAAAAUACCCAAAACCUGAGCGUUGUAAUGAGCUCACCCCAGCAGAGGAGGUGAUGCAAAGUUUCCAUGGAGAUUUAGUGGAGACCCCAGUCAGUGUAACUUCAGCAUUCCCAGCUCUGAUACGCCUGGAUGUCCUCACAAGCAGAAUGGAGGAUCUAGCUGUUACGAAAAGAUUACUUGCCUGUGCUCUGUCGGCUCUGCGAGCAAAGGGUGCUACUGGAGUUCACGUUGAAUUGAGUGUCGGUGAUAAAUGUAUGCUAGAGCAUUACAGACUUUUGGGAUUUGUGCCAGUGAAAGAUUCCGACAAUCUGGAAGAUACAGUAUAUCUAGGAAGGUAUCUGUGAAGAAAAUACAGAAAAAAGCAACAAAAAAAACCAAAAAAUAUUAAAUAAAAUAAACUUCUUAAAAGUAUUACAAUUUUAUAUUGCAAGUCAUAAUGUAUAUUUGUAUAUUUUUGCUGAUGACCCUCUAAGGGUGUGUCGUAUUGUCUCGUUCAAAAUGUUUGUUUUUUUGUAAAAAGUGAAGAAAAAAACUGUCCCAAGUCUUUCAUAUUGAAUCAUUUGUGUAUUGAUAUAAAAUAUUAGUUAAAAAUAGAUAAAGGUAUGAUGAACUUAGAACUUGAAUUAUUAGCGAUAAUGGAUGCUGAUUUUAAAUAAGAAAUGAUAGUGUGUUUGGAAUAUACUUGUAUGAAGCAAUAAAAAUUAUUAAUGGUGUAAAUUGUUAUAUAAUUUUGUAUUAAUAUAGGUAAUUAAAGACAUGUAUGUUGGUUAUGUUUUGAAACCAUUUUGAUAUAUAAGCUUGAUACAGGUCUAGUAGACCGUUUUUCUUGACUGCAUAGCUUUUUAUGAUACACUGUAGACAGAAAUUUUAACCUUCAUAAGAAACGGUGCUAUAAGGGUGAUAGAUAAAAGGUUAUACUAAAAGUGCUGUAAGGGCAACUUCGAGGGUUAUAGAACAAUAUUGUCUGAGCUAGAUCAAAAUUGAAACCUGAUAGCAUAGUGACAGCUUGAGUUGAUAAAAUCUCUGCAUAGCUUAGCUUUGGUUACUUUGUUAAAUACCUUAAAUUAAAUCAAUUUUGCUUAGAUUUGUCAAGCUUUAGAAAACAUUCUUAUUCUUGCUUGGAACUUCAAAAAAGUUUACUGUAUAUUUGUGGAAGCCUCUUUUGGAGCUUGAGAUAUGUAACUGAUGAACACUUGUGAACAAAUUUUAUGCAUACUUCAAAAGUGUUAAAUUAAAAAGUGGAAAUUAUGAAAUGUGUGGGUGUAUUACAAGAUUUUGAGAAAUAGUUUAAAAAAUCCAUUUUAGUGUGUAUUGGUGUUUUAGAAGGUUUUUAUUAGGGUUCAUGUCGUGCUGAUGUAAAUGUGACAUUAACUGUGAUAUUAUGUACAGCCAAAAUAUUCUCUCUCUCUGUUUUGUGCUGUGAUAGUAUAAUGAUUAUAUUAUUGAAUCUUGUUUGAUUAUAUUGUUAUGUCAAAUAAAGAUCUAAAAUCCA